UUACUAGUGUAUUUCAGGUUCAAAAUCUCUCUAUGGAAUGGGAGAGUUUUACCUUAUUAUGAAGCUCAUUUCAAAUUUUAACCUACAAAAGAUGCACAAAAUAAAAUAAAGGGGUCUGAGGUGUGAAUUUUAUGAUAAGUUAGAAUAUUAUAAGGGAAAAAUAGUUAUCCUAUUAGAAAAGCUAGCAAGGUAGGUACAGUGAGUGAGAGAGAGAGUGUGUGAACAAGAAGUGCAUGCAGAACAACACACAGCAUGUAUGCAACAACUCAUGCUCAAAAUGCACUUCCAUCAUAUUUAAUCAGCUUUGCUUAAACCUAAUUUCCAUGUCCAACAGCUAAAAUAAGAACAAACUAUGGCCUCUCUUCAUCCUCCAUCAAGUUCUGUUGCCAUUACUUCCCUAAUUCUGCUGCUUCUCAUUUUCCUUCCAUCCAAAACUCUUACACAAGAUGCCCCCAUCAGCUCAAGCCCAACAAUAGCUGAUUGUACCCCAAGGCUGCUACCAUUGACACCAUGUGCUCCAUUUGUGCAAGGCAUAGCGCAGUCUCCACCACCAGCUUGCUGUAACAACCUCAGGCAACUCUCCUUGCAGCAGCCUGCCUGCGUUUGCCUCUUGCUCAAUGACACCAACUUGAGUUCUUUCCCAAUUAACAGCACCCUAGCUCUGCAGUUGCCGGAUUUUUGUCAUAUCCAGCUUACCAGCUCUCCUUGUUCAGGGCUUUCUAAUCAACCUCAAGUGCCUACUAGUUCACCUGCUUCACAAGUUUCCUUAGGGGCGCACACCAACUCUUCUAAUGGGAUACAUACCAACUCUUCUAAUGGGAAUCACAUCAACUCUUCUGUUGCUGCUUCUCCAGUAAUUCAAGUGGCACCAAGACCUGUUAUUCCAUUAGGGUUUGGUAGGAAUGCCGGUAUCAAGUUGAAGGCAGAGAACCUCUUUGUGCUUCUGGUGACUCUUUCAGCCUUUCUCCUUACAAAAGCAAUUCACUGAUCCAUUUAGGACAAGUUUUCAUGUUUAAUUAUAGUAUAACCUUUUAUCGUGUAUUGUUCUUAUGUUGUCAAGUAGCUAGGAGUUAGGACCAGUAUGAACAAUUUCAGAGAGCAGGUUUUACCACUGUAUUUUUUACUAAAACUUAUAAUUAACCUCCUACUAAUCAAAGAACAAUACUUAACAGUUUCUUGCAGAUAAGUAAUUUCUUUUAUUACUAUACAUAUAUCAGAAUCCUUGACCCAAUAUAGAAAUACUGUUGCUAAAGGUAACUCAAUUACUCAGGCAUAUGAAACAGGUUGGCAACUAAUUGAGCAAAAACACAAUUAAUAUUCAGAGCAAUCAUCACGGUAUGUAUUCAACUUAAAUCUUAUGUAAAUGUUUGCAACCAUUCCAAAUGUCCUUUUCUACUUCAUUUCCAGACAGCUUCUACAAUCAUAAGUGCAUAUAUGAUUAUUCAGAAUGAGAAAUAGAAUCUCUCCCUACUAAAC